AUCCCCUGACUCCGUCCGCUAUUUAUAAGAGCCCUAUCUAGCUCUCUCUUGAAAGCAUCCAGAGAACCUGCCUCCGCCGCCCUCUGAGGCAGAGAAUUCUAUGAGAAAAAGUGUUUCCUCGUCUCGGUUCUAAAUGGCUUAUUCUUAAACUGUGGCCCCUGGUUCUGGACUCCCCCAACAUCGGGAACACGUUUCUUGCCUCUAGCAUGUCCAAACCCGUAACAAUCUUUUCUUAUAAACCCUGAUCAUUCGGCACACUAUAGGAAGGAUGGCACAGUAGUGCAGCUUAGGCACGGUAGCACAGUGCCUGAGAUCUGUGGCUGCUGUAAAAUUGCCUCUAAUCCAUAGGGAGUGGGUGUGAAAGUGAGAUAACAUAGAACCUGUGUGAAUGCGUUAUCAAUGGUUGGUGUGGUUUUAAUGGGCCCAAGGGCCUGAAUAUCUCUUUUUUUUUAAAAUUGAGAAAGAGGCAUUGAUUACACAGGAGUAAGUGCGGAAGAUAUUGCUUGGCAUGGAACGUUUCAGUCGUGAAAUUAUGUAGGUUUCAGGCAUCAGUCUGAAGAAGCGUCCUGACCCGAAAUGUCACCUACCCAUGUUCUCCGGGGAUGCUGCCUGGCCCGCUUUACUGAGUUACUCCAGCAUUUUGUGUCUUUAUUUUCCUUGGAACAGCAGAGGGCUGGAGAGCUAUACCAAAUUGAGAAAAGUAGAUUGGGUAUGCCCCAUAGAGAUAGCGGCGUUUACAACUAAAUGGCAUAACUCUAAGAAAUUUAACAAGGAUUUGAGAGGUUAUUGUUCACGCAGAGGAUGGUUGCAGUUGGAUGCACUGCCUGAGAAAGUCAUUAUAGAUAAGCAUUAUCGACGUUGAUGAAGCAUUUCUGUAAUGGGAUAUUUCAAUUAAUAGAACUGCACCAGCCCAAUUGAUGAAACUUGAAACAUGCAUGGAAUUGGUUUGAUUUUUUUUUCACUUUUCAGAUAUAUCACUGGUGCAAGUUACAUGAACUCCGAUGGAACUUAAAAGAGAUAAUUGGAACACAUAUUUUCCUGAAACAUUCAACUGAGGGAUUCCUGUCCACUUUAAUAAUGUGUUGGUAUUAGUAUCGUGCUGCUGCGGGAAUUUAAACAAUGCAAAGGCAAGCUGAUCAAGUGAAACAUCGUUCAAGCACUAAUCCUUCCAUUCGGAUGAGAAAUGUUGACAUUGCCAGAGGAAGAACUGGCUAUGGAUUUACUCUAACUGGGCAAGCUCCGUGUGUGCUGAGCUGCAUUCUCAAAGGAAGCCCAGCACAUUAUGUUGGCCUUAGACCUGGGGAUCGCAUACUCAGUGUGAACGACAUUAAUGUCUCCAAAGCCUCCCAUGAAGAUGUGGUGAAACUGAUAGGACAGUGCACGGGUGUGCUUCGACUUGUUAUUGCCGAUGGUAAUAACCACUGUGACACAGGUUCCAGUGAUGAAGAACUUAACUUCACUGAAGACAAAGUGACAUGGGGGAACAAUAAGCCAAAGUCUAAAGUAUUGGGACUAAAUAGGGCCGAAAAGGUUGUUGCUGAUGUACAGUCGGGUGGGAUUUUUAAAAUGCUAUUUGACAAUACCGGUAGUUCCAGAAAAUAUGUUCGUAACUGUACACAGCAGCAAAGACAAGGCUCUGAAAAAAUCAGUGGGCUUCCCAUCGGUCGUAAAAGUGUAAAAAAGAACCACAACUCCCUCUCUGAAGACGAAGUACUAAAGGUUUUACACGAUGACCCUGUCUUUGUCAAUGGCUUGGAAAACCCAGAUGGAUUUGGUCUUGAUGCUAGCAUUUUGAACGUUGGGAUGAUUGUAGGCUAUUUGGGUUCCAUAGAAUUGCCUUCGACAAGCUCCAAUCUGGAAAACGAUAGCUUGCAGGCCAUCCGUGGGUGCAUGCGACGCUUGCGCGCUGAGCAGAAGAUUCAUUCCCUUGUCCUGAUGAAAAUAAUGCACGACUGUGUUAAGCUUUUUAAUGAUAAACACAGUGUAUUGGCUUUGUACCCAGCAGAAAAAUUAGCCUUCAGUGCUGUGUGCCCCGACGACCGCCGAUUCUUUGGACUGGUCACCAUGCAGAUGUUUGACGAUCAUAACCUCGCUGCUGACGGUGAUGGUGGAUUGCGGACUUCGUGCCACGUCUUCAUGGUCGAUCCGGAUCUUUGCCAGCACAAAAUCCAUCAGGGAAUUGCGAGGCGAUUUAGUAUUGAGUGCACGCCAGACCCAGACACCAGCGGCUGCUUGGAGUUCCCUCCAUCCUCUCAACCCGUCCUUCAGUUUGUAUCAGUGUUGUACAAGGACAUCGGGGAGUCGUUUGAAAAUGCACGCGCAAGAGCCUUUCUCGAUGGGGACUCGUCUGAUGGCCAGCAGAACAACAGUAUUAGUAGUAACAGUGAUAGCGGAAUUGGAUGCUACAGCCAGGAGGAAAAGAAUAGCAGAGUGUUGGUUGUCGAUCUAGGAACCAAUUCAAACAAACAUCCUCCCACUGCCGCCAGGGGUAACGUACAAGGCAAAGGACACAUUCAAGGUACUCAGUGGAAUGGUUGUCGUCAGGACUUGGAAAACAAAUUUCUUGCUUCUCGGCUCUCAGAGUUUGCACAGAAUGAAUGUUCUUUGCAUAACGGUAGCAGACAUCUUAAUCACUCCCGGCUGGAUGUACCAGGAACAUCUCCGCGGUCCAUGUUUAAUUCAAGCAAGAAAUCCGAUGUGAACGGAGUGCCAUGUGGAACUCCAAGGUGGCUCCCCGUUCACGUCCACAAGGAUUGGCAGUAUUGCAGCAGUAGUGACCAGGAAUCCUACGCGGAAUCCACAGACGGAUUAUCCAGUGUCAACCUCAGUACACUGAAACAGGACCUUCCUCCGCCAAUGAGCAAGAUUCAGACAGAGAAAUACAGAGUUGGAAGUGGCUUAAGCCAGCCCUUUCGAAGUGCAGCGCAAAAGAAUGAACUGACGAACAAAUUGUUUGGCAUGGAAAAAAUGUUUGGGAUCCAACAAAAUACCAAGAAAAGCAAAGAUAACAAGGGUGCGAGGUUUUCUGCAAUUUCUGUAGGAUUCUUACAAGCUGCCCAACGCUCUUCUAUCCGGAGAUCAUAUGGACGGUCGAAGCGUUUCAGCAUAACUCGGUCUUUGGAUGAUUUGGAAACAGCGGCCGUCUCCGAUGGAGAGUUAAAUGGUGCCGAUCUCAAGAACUACAACAGUGCGAACAGCAUCAACAGCAAUGCCAGCCUUCCUAGUGUCCAAAGCUGCAGAAAGCACGGAGAGCGACAGGUAGCCAGCUGGGCUGUGUCCUUUGAACGGCUUCUCCAUGAUCCAGUUGGCAUCAGAUAUUUCUCCGAAUUUCUGAAGAAAGAAUUUAGUGAAGAAAACAUAUUGUUCUGGCAGAACUGUGAAUACUUCAGCCAGAUCCCUCAGCAGGACAAGAAACAGCUUUUGUAUAGAGCACGGGAGAUCUACACCAAUUUCUUAUCCAACAAGGCAGUGACCCCGGUCAAUAUUGACAGCCAGGCGCAGUUGGCUGAUGAUAUUAUCAACGCACCACAUCCCGAUAUGUUUAAAGAGCAGCAGCUGCAGAUUUUUAGCCUGAUGAAGUUUGACAGCUAUACUCGUUUUCUGAAAUCAACGCUGUACCAAGAAUGUAUGCUGGCGGAAGUGGAGGGUCGUGCUUUGCCUGAUCCUUGUCUGAUACCUUGCAGUCCUGCCUCAAAGCACAGCGCCAGCUCAGACCGGUCCAACCUCUCUACCCCAAACAAGUCCAGCACAAAAUCUAAAUCAACCAGGCUACUAAACAGUGAAUUUGAAGAUGACAAUGGCAAUAAGAAGAAGGCCUUUUUUUCCUGGUCACGAAGAAGUCUUGGACAAACUCAGAACAGGAAAGGGAAUGGAGAUUCACAUGUUGACCUCUCUACAAGUAACGGGCUGUCUCAGUGGCAUCGUGAAUCAUUCGGAUCCAUGUCUUCAUCCACUAGCACAGAGUUAAUGACAGCUGACUGUCCAGGAAAUAACAGACAAGAGCCUGAUUCCACCAAAGUGCCUGCGACAGAAAAAGAAAAGUCUUCAAGACACUGCACUGUGAUUCUUCCCGAUGGUUCCUUGCGCACACUUUCAAUCCAGUCUGGCAUUUCUAUUCGGCAAUUGUUGACGGAUCUGUGUGAAAAGCUACAAAUUCAGCUAGCAGCCACAGACCUCUUCCUGGUGGGGGGUGACAAGCCUCUUGUACUUGAUCAAGACUGCUGCACGUUAAAUUCAAGGGAGAUUCGAAUAGAAAUGCGAACACUAUUUCGACUGGAUCUUGUUCCUAUAAAUAGAUCUGUUGGUUUAAAGGCCAAGCCUACCAAACCAGUGGCUGAAGUGCUCCGACCAGUGGUGGCAAAAUAUGGCUUGAAUCUCGGCGAGUUAGUGGCUAGAAUUAACGGGGAAUCUGAAAUUUUAGAUCUUGGAGUUCCUAUCUCCAACCUUGAUGGGCGCCGUGUUGUUCUAGAUAUUGCAGAUCAUGUUAAGGGGAAAGACAGACAGAAGAACACAGGAGAUAAAGUCAGCUCUUCCAAUAAUGGCACACACAAUCAAACUGGAAAGGAAGCUGGAAGACCUCUGGGAAAACCCUCUUCAGUGAAAGUGAGAGGAGAAAAUGGAAAAUCUUCCAAAGAUGCACUGGUUCUGAAGAAAGAAGAACUAAUUCAAAGGGCAAAUAGGAAGAGACAGCAAAAGCUAAACAUGGAUGAGGUGGAAGAGUUUUUUGACCUUUUGUCCAAAGCUCAGAGUAACCGAGUGAAUGAUCAGCGUGGACUUCUGAAGAAAGAAGACCUUAUCCUCCCAGAUUUUCUGCGCCUGAAGCCAAACGUAUCUAAACCUGGUUCCUCCACACCUGUGGGAAGUAAAGUAAAUGGUAGAAAGAGAGAGGAAAAAGCCCAAAAUUUGCACAGGAGCGUAAUGUCUAAUAAGUUAGAUCAUGCAGACUCCAGCCCAGCUAACCCGCCUGCACUGAAUUUUAAUGAAAACUCCAACAAUGUGAAAGUCAAGCCAACUCAUCAGCACGAUAACUGUCAUCGACCGGUGUUAGUGCCACCCAGCUUUGUAAAGUCAGAUACUAAGCAAACUAACAAUGCUCCUUUCCAUGCGCCGGUUUCUCCCAUUGCACGUAUCAAUGAACAGAGGUGGGAAAAGCAGCCUGCAGACGAGCAGUCGGAAACCACACAGCCUUACGAGGAGGAGAAUGCAUUUGAUCUGACUCUGGUGGCAGAAGGUGAUAUCAAUAGCCCAAACAGUACUUUAUUACCACCUCUGCCAACACCACCAUCCUCUGUCAGUAAACUGGAGGUAGCUAACUACCCUCCACCAACUCCAAACACAGAUGCUCAGGAGAACUCUUCACACUGCAGAUCCACUUCAGAUUCGACAAAGGAAAUGGGAAAGACAGCGCGGAUGAAGUCUCCUUGCCCUGAGCAGAGUUCCAACACGCAGACGACUGCUAUGACCGCAAGCACUAACCACUCCCAGCUGGGGCUUCCUGUAAGCAAGAUUAUUGACAUCGAUGGCGUGAGGUCAGGAGAGGCUGGAGUGCUAUCCAAGGGGUCGGACGGGAACCUGAGUUUCGAAGGAUAUAUUUCUGAACUGAAAGGUUGCCAGGGAAGAAUGCGUACAGGGGUUUAUCGGAUGUCAGAACUACCAUCACUGAUCGCGGUAAAGAGUGAAAGGAGUAAGACUCUGGAGGCGAGACACAAGGCCACGUUUGUCUGAAUCCACCACCAAGGUUUUCAUUCAGAAUAAUCACAAUCCAUUGCCUUAAAUGAUAUUUGAAUUAAAAUUUAAAAUGAAUUCCAAACAGCUCAAUAAUUACUGUACAAAACGUAGUCACCUUUUUUCCCCAUAUCUAAUUUAGAAAUAUUAAGCAAAUACCGUACAGUGAGCUCAUGAAAAAUGUACAACUUUGCAAAAUAAAAUCUGUUGAUGUUAGACUUAAGGAAGAAUUAUUAUAUUGAUUCCAAAAUGUACGAUUGGCAUGGAUAGAAUAGGCAAGUAAAACGUUGACCUUUUCUCUCUCUUAAUUUAAUUACGCUAAGCAGCCAAUAUUUUUGUUAGAGUAAAUAUAUUAUAGAUAAAUGUGAGAAGUUAGAUGUAAAUUUAGAUUACAAUUGAUUCUUUCUCUUUGAACAUGUUUGAAUACUUCUGAAGAACGAGAACAGGAUUUGGUUAUGUUUCUGAGAAUAAUAUCUGAUCUUCACUAAGGCUGUACAUAAUGUGUCUGUUUGUCUGUCUUUUGAAAGGAGAAGUAAUUUCUAUUGAAUUGUCCUGCAAUGGAAAAACAGAAAUAUGUUCCCUUUUGGCAAGAGGUAAUCUUCCCUAUAAGGUUUCGUAAUCUUGGGUCUGAUGGCUUAACUAAAUUUUUUUUACAUUGAAAAUGUUGUGGUGAUUCAUUUAAGUUACAUUGAUGGCGUGCAGUCCAAGGCAACAGCUCACCAUCAUCUCAUGCGCAAGUUGGGUCAGGGAAUAAAUACUUGACUUCCCCAUGGCACUGACAUGGAUAUGCAGGGGAUGGAGGAGUAUGGAUUGCGUCCAGGCAGACAAGAGCAGUUUAAUUUGGUAUCAUGUUCGGCACGGACAUUGUCGGCCUGUUCCUGUGCUGUAUUGUUCUAUGCUCUGGAUGUCAUUCCAGGAUUAAUUACUUUGGGUGGCACAGUGACGCUGCAGUACAGUUGCUGCCUUAAGGGCCUGUCCCACUUUCACGACCUAAUUCACAACCUUUUUUAGUCGUGGCCAUUUUUCAUCAUGCUAGAAAAAACGCCCCGACCUACUUGAUGCCACGAGUACCUACGACUAGCAUCACGGCCUGCUACGACCUACCUACGACCUCCUAUGACCUCCAACGACCUUGUGACGACCAUGCUGCGAGUAUGAGUCAAGGGCAAACUCGGCAGAGGUCGUGAAUUAGGUCGUGAAAGUGGGACAGGCCCUUUACAGUGCCAGAGACCCGAGUUCAAUCCUGAUCCCAGGUGCUGUCUAUACAGAGUUUGUACAUUCUUCCUUUUGACUGCGUGGGUUUUUUCUCCGGGUGCUCCGGUUUUCUCCCACACUCCAAAGAUGUGCAGGUUUGUAGGUUAAUUAGCUUCUGUAAAUAGUAAAUUGUCUCUAGUGCGUAGGAUGGUGCCAGUGUGCGGGGCAAUCGCCAGUCGGCGCUGACUCGGUUGACCAUUGAGCCUGUUUCUGCACUAUAUCCCUAAAGUCUAAAGAAUGAAAAGUGCAAAAAAAAAAUCAAUUAAGUUGCUGGAAUAGAGUCCUUAUUGUAAAGACUCACAAAGUUCUCCAACACAUCUGCUGAAUACGAGGCAAAGCAGGGAUGAGAAUAAGACACAAAACCCAUUUAUUCAGCAGACAAGCUGGUUUGUAAUUGCUUCCAACUGUUUUGAAUAACUGUAACAUCUAUCUCGCCACUAUUGCUCUGAAUUUGUUUCCUGUUAGUUUCUGUCAUCCUGCUUUAUUUCAAAACGUGGUUCUGAAAUUAUAUUGGCUGUGCAAUUGGAAAAAACACAAAGGUGAGAUUAUGUAAAAUCUCUUUUACAUCUCUCUUUUCCAACAAUAUGUUCUGCUCUGGAACGUGCUGCUCUCAAGAACAGUGGGAACAAAUUGAAUAAUAACUUAAGAAGGAAAUUGGAUAAAUACUUGGAAGGGGAAAUGUUUGUAGAAUGUGAAAUGAGCUUGGGGAAUUUGGGAUUAACUCUUUCAAAGAACCAUCACACUUGCACAACAGAACCUAUUUCUCUGGUGCUGUAUUCCAAACCAAGUUAUUUUAUGUACUUGAGUAAAUCCUCCAUGAACAACAGGGUGGCACAGCUGGUAGAGCUGCCACCUCACUGCACCAGAGACCCGGGUGUGAUCCUGACCUCUGACCACGUAACCUUCCUGCGGGUGCUCUGGUUUCCCCUCUCAUCCCAAAGACGUUCAGGCUUUCUAGGCUAGUUGGCCUCUGUAAAAUUGCCCCUUGAGUGUAGGGAGCGGAUGCGAAACUGGGAUAACAGAACUCGUGAAUGGGCGAUUGAUGGUCGUCGUAGACUCGGUGGGCCAAAGGCCUGUUUCCCGGCUGUAUCUCUAAACUGCACUAAAACUCUUUAUUUCUGGUCGCAGGACUGCAGAAACCCUACAUUUAAUCAGUUAAUUCAGGUUUCUUUUGAAAUUGCAGAAAUCAUUACACUUCCUAGACACCUACAGUAAUGAAACAGGCCUGUUAGCCGAUCAACUCGGUGCAAACCAUCAGCUACCCAUUCACACCAAUCUCAUUUAUUUUUAUUAUCCCCAAUUCACAUCAGUGGGGCAAAGAUGUAUCAUUCACCUGCACACUCAGGGCCAUUUAGAAAAGGACAACUCGGGAGGCACAGUGGCGCAGUGGUAGAGUUGCUGCCCUGCAGCGCCAGAGACCUGAGUUUGAUCCUCACUACGGGUGCUUGUCUGUACGGAGUUUGUACGAUCUCUCUGUGCUCUCCAAGAUCUUUGCUUUUCUCCCACACUCCAAAGACUUACAGGAUUGUAGGUUAAUUGGCUUGGUAUCAAUGUAAAAUUAUCCCCACUGUGUGUAGGAUAGUGUUAAUGUGUUGCUGGUCGGCACGGACUCGAUGGACUGAAGGGCCAAUUUCUGCGCUGUAUCUCUAAACUAAACUAAACUAAAGAUAGACACAAAGUGCUGGAGUAACUCAGCAGGUUAGGCAGCAUCUCUGAAGAAGCGUCUUGACCCGAAACGUCACCCAUGCUUUUUCUCCAGAGAUGUUCCCUGACCUGCUGAGUUAAUCCAGCAGUUUGUGUCUAUCUUUGGUGUAAACCAGCAGUUCUUUGUUCCUAGAGAGGGCAAUUAAGCUGCUGAGCUGCAUGUCUUUGUACAUGGAAUACUCCAGGGUGUCCAGUGGAAUCCCAUGUGGGGAUACCUGGCGGGAGCCUUUUAAGCUCAUCGCUGAAAAUUCAUUCAUCUUGCAAUGCAUCUGUAUACUGUUUGUGUGACCUCCCAAUCGCCCAACAUGGUUGCCUACAACGGCUGCCCUUCAGAACUUAUUUCCUGCAAAGUUCUUUCUCUUGAGGAUGUGUGGUCCCCUUCGUUCUCAAACCUUUCACCUAUCCUGUCCUGAUGGGAACAACAUCUGCUGUUCCUGCCCUGCCUGACCCGUAUUUGAUUCUAGACUUAGACCAACGUCCCCCUCCCUGACUCUCAGUCUGAUGAAGGGUCUCGGCCUGCAACGUCACAUAUGCCUUUUCUCCAGAGAUGCUGCUUGCACUAACACCCACACAGUGCGUACAAACAAAGUGAAUGUUAAAAUCUGUCAUAAUUUAGCCAAGAUUUUAAUUGCCACAUUUGCCAAACAUGGAGUUUGCUGCAGCUUAUCAGUCCUGUGAAUUAAUUAAGGUACAGAACAGGAACGGGCUCAGCACGGAAACAAGCCACGUGGACUGCAAUGUCUGUGCUGUACAUGAUGCUAAGUUAAACUAAUCUCCUCUUCCUGCACGUGAUCCAUAUCCCUCCAUUCCGUGCAAAUCCACCUGCAUAUUCAAACGACCACUAUCGUAUCGUAUUAAACACCACUAUCGUAUCUGCCUCCACCACCACCCCUGGCAGGUGUCUUAUUGCAGCUUCCUGAAUUAAGUCAAAAUAGGGCACACAGUGACGCAACUGGUAGAGCUGCUGCCUCUCAACGCCGAAGACCUGGAUUUGAUCCCGACUUCAGGUGCUGUCGGUGUGGAGUUUGCAUGUUUUCCCUGUGACUGCAUGGGUUUCCCCCGGGCGCUCCAGUUUCCUUGUAGGUUAACCUUGUAAGUUAAUUGGCUUCGGUAAAAUUGCCUCCAGUAUGUAGGGAGUGGAUGGGAAAGUAGGAUGACAGAGAAUUACUGUGAGCAGGUAAUUGAUGGUUGGCGUGGACUUGGAAGGCCUUUUUCCAUGCUGUAUCUCUAAACCAAACUAAACUUGUCAAAGACUUGGACCAUUUACAGGUAUCCUGACAUUUAGGUCCAAUUCAAUAGAUAUACUUCUCCUUUAAUUGUGUUUGUACGAUGCAUUCAUUGUUAUACAGUUAUCUGACAAAUACGGUUUACAUUCAGAAAUUUAGUCCAAUUGAAGAGUUGUAAAGAAAAUAUUUCCUCUGUACUUUUUAAAUUGAUUAUUAGCUUCUUACUACUCAAGGAGCCCUUUGCAAUUCAAUACAAAAUAUAGUUGUGU